CAGGAUCUGGUAAGUCCUACACCAUGAUGGGUUCACAAGAAAAUAAAGGAAUAAUACCAAGGUUGUGUGAUACAUUAUUUGGCCUAAUUGCAAAACAAGAAAGCUCUCAGCUCAACUAUAAGGUCGAAGUCAGUUACAUGGAAAUUUAUAAUGAAAAGGUGCAUGAUUUGUUAGAUCCGCAGACAAAUAAACAGUCAUUGAAAGUACGAGAACAUAACGUACUUGGUCCUUAUGUGGAUGGUUGUCACAGCUGGCUGUAACGUCAUUCGAGGACAUUGAUAAUUUGAUGGCGGAAGGUAACAAAUCAAGAACAGUAGCAGCAACAAACAUGAACAGUGAAUCGUCUAGAUCUCAUGCAGUAUUUACGAUUAUUUUAACGCAAACCUUGGUAGACACUAAAACAGGUGUGUCUGGUGAGAAAGUGAGCAGGAUGUCGCUGGUUGACUUAGCUGGAUCAGAGAGGGCUGUGAAAACAGGAGCUGUUGGGGAAAGAUUGAAGGAGGGCUCUAAUAUAAAUAAAUCCUUAACAACGCUAGGUCUAGUCAUUUCCAAGUUAGCAGACCAGUCGUCGACGGGUAGUAAAAAUAAAGACAAGUUCGUGCCGUACAGAGAUUCAGUAUUGACGUGGCUGUUGAAAGAUAACCUGGGAGGUAACAGCAAAACAGUGAUGGUUGCUACAAUAUCCCCGGCAGCUGAUAACUACGAAGAAACGUUGUCAACGUUGAGAUAUGCUGAUAGAGCAAAGAGAAUAGUUAAUCAUGCUGUUGUUAAUGAAGAUCCUAAUGCUAGGAUAAUAAGGGAGCUGACAGAAGAAGUGGAAACUCUGCGAGAGAUGCUGAAGCAUGCUACUGGCUCUCCAGUUGGUGAUAUUCAAAGAGUUGACAUCCACCAAAAGCUGAGCGAGAGCGAAAAAUUAUACAAAGAAGUUUCCCAGACGUGGGAAGAAAAGUUAAUGAAAACCGAAAGGAUCCAGAACGAACGACAGCAAGCUUUAGAAAAAAUGGGCAUUAGCAUCCAAGAUUCCGGAAUCAAAGUAGAAAAGAAUAAAUACUACCUAGUGAACUUAAACGCAGAUCCAUCCCUGAACGAAUUAUUAGUUUAUUAUUUAAAAGAUAUAACAGUAGUAGGUGCUAACAGCAACGAUGUUGAUAUUCAGCUGUGUGGACUGGGUAUUCAACCAGAACAUUGCAUUAUCACAAUCGAGGAAAAUGGUUUGUUCCUGGAGCCAUUAGCAAACGCAAGAUCGUGUGUGAAUGGAUCUCAAGUUAGCCAAAAAACGCAGUUGAGACAUGGUGAUAGAAUCGUUUGGGGUCAUCAUCACUAUUUUCGAGUCAACUGCCCACGAUCAAUAUCAGCGGCGUCAGAACCUCAGACGCCAGCACAAAACAUUGACUAUAAUUUCGCACGUGACGAGCUGAUGACUAAUGAGUUAAGUAAUGAUCCAAUACAAGCUGCCAUUGCACGAUUAGAAAAACAACAUGAAGAAGAUAAGCAAGUGGCGUUAGAAAAACAACGUUUGGAGUACGAAAGGCAGUUCCAACAGCUGAGAAACAUGGUAUCCCCAUCAACUCCUUAUUCUCCUUAUUCGUACGACCCUCUACGUAUGGGCCUAAGCAAGACCACCCCUUGUACUCCAACAACACAGAUGAAGGUAGAAAGGUGGGCCCAGGAAAGAGAUGAAAUGUUCAGAAGGAGUAUAGGGCAAUUGAAGGAGGAUAUUCUUAGGGCAAAUUCGUUGGUGAAGGAAGCUAGCUUUCUUGGUGAUGAAAUGGGAAAGCAGACUAAGUUUAGUGUUACCCUGCAGAUCCCUCCAGAGAAUUUGAGCCCCAAUAGACGGAAAGGGGCAUUUGUGAGUGAACCAGCAAUUCUUGUAAAACGAAACAAUUCUAGUCAGGUGUGGUCCAUGGAGAAAUUAGAAAACAAAAUAAUAGACAUGAGAGAAUUAUAUGAAGAGCAAAAGAGAAGAGCUGAAGAAGGUGAAUGUGCUCUAGAUGAAACAAACUGGCCUGACCCGUUCUUUGAGUCACAAGAAAAUCAUAACCUGAUUGGAGUUGCUAAUAUAUUCCUGGAGUGCCUUUUCCAUGAUGUAACUCUAGAUUAUCACACUCCCAUUAUCAGCCAGCAAGGGGAAGUUGCUGGAAGGCUUCAGGUUGAACUUAGCAGAGUCGCUGGCACGUUUCCUCAAGACAGGAUAUGUGAAGCAGCUUCAGACAGCUCUUCAGAUUGCAGCCAUGACGAAGAUGAAUCUGGUAGCUCGCAAGUAACAAUACGAGUCCACAUAAAACAAGCGUCCGGCUUACCUCUAUCACUAGCAAACUUCGUGUUUUGCCAGUAUUCUUUCUGGUGGCAUCCUUCGGUUGUAGUACCAGCUAUUACCGAUCAGAACUCCCAGAAAAAUCCUACCACAGUCAAGUUUGACCACGUCAAUGAAUUUACAGUGAAUAUCAAUGAAGAAUUCAUUGAACAUUGUUCUGAAGGUGCUUUGUCUAUAGAGGUGUGGGGCAACAGAAGUGCAGGUUUCUCUAAGCACAAACCAGGCUGGGAGGUAGUGGAGCAACAGUUGGCAACGGCGCGAUCCCUUCUAGAUCGUUGGUCAGAGUUGACUCGAAAAAUAGAAUUGUGGGUUGAAAUUCAGGAGUUGAACGAUCAGGGAGAAUAUGCUGCCGUUGAGGUGAACAUGAGAAAUGACAUGCUUACAGGAGGUAUCUAUCAAUUGCGUCAAGGGCAACAAAGGAGGAUCCAGGUCAGAGUGAAGCCAGUACAAAACUCUGGGACGUUGCCUAUCAUAUGCCAGCAAUUAAUCAAAAUUGAAGUGGGAGGUGUUAUGGUCAGGAACAGGUUGCAGAAAGCUUUGGACUCAUACCAAGAAGAAGAUCUCACCAUUCUCAGGGAAAAAUGGAACGACGCUUUGCAAAAGCGAAGACAGUACUUGAAUCAACAGUUACAGAAUCUGCUGCAGAAGGCAGACAAGUCCGAGCAAGAUGCUGAAAGGGAGAGAAGUCUUAUGGAGCAACUCGUAAAUUUGACAGAAGAAAGUAAUGCCGUAUACAUUCCACAGCCUGGUACUGGCAUUCCAGGGGCUCCAGCUAUGUGGAGUCCCCCAUCAGGGAUGGAACCUCAUGUUCCUGUUCUCUUUUUGGAUCUCAAUGCUGACGACCUUUCAACCCAUCCCUCUGGAGAGGAAGUGACAAUAGCUGGUGUAAACUCGAUUCUUCCUAAAGAAGACGGAAGACAAUUUUAUACCUUACAAAUUCUUAAUCAUUUGGAUAAGGACGUGUGUGCAAUAGCUGCUUGGGAUUCGUCAAUACACGACAGUCCUUACUUGAACAAAGUAACUGAAGCCAACGAAAGAGUUUAUAUGAUUCUACGUGUCACAGUCAGACUAUCCCACCCAGCACCUAUGGAUCUAGUGUUACGGAAAAGAUUAGCAAUAAAUAUAUACAAAAGGCAAAGUAUUGCGGAUAGGAUCAAAAAUCAAAUAAAGUCAAAAAUAGUGAGAACAGAUCUAGUUACUUCCUGUGGAGUUACUUAUUUAGUAGUUUCCAAUGUACCUAAAGCAAGUGAGGAACUAGAGGGUAGGGAAAGUCUCGCACAGCUAGCUGCAUCUGUUGAAAAUUCAUCUAUGUGUGACGGGGAAACAUAUAUAGAGAAGUAUACUAGAGGGGUGAGUGCUGUUGAAAGUAUACUGACACUAGACCGUCUAAGACAAAACGUGGCUGUCAAGGAGCUAUUGCAAGCCAGAGGUCAACCUCUGAUGAGAAAGACUGUCAGUGUACCUAACUUCUCACAGACAUUGGAGUCUAAGAACGGGUUGAUGAGAUUGGACCUUAGCUCGGAAUCUCUUCACAUGUCGCGAUCAGAAAGCGUUUCUGAGCUGAACAGCGAACUGACAACACCUCUCAGAAGCAGAUCUACAUUCUGCAGGGAUAACGAGGUUACACCUCCCAAGUAUGGUGGACUAGCACGCCCCACAUUCUUAAACCUGAACAUAAACUUGAACUCACUGAGAUUGCAACAACCGCCAAAUACAAAACUUUUCUCUGGAGUUUCAUCACCCGCUAGCCAAAAGCUGGGGCUACGUAUGACAACUCUGCAUGAAGAGCCAUUAAAACCUCUACCUCGAAAGCAUUCAUUCGAUUUACUUAUGGACGAAGCUAUCGAAGAACAAACUGAGGAAAAUGCUAACGAAAAAUUGGAUAUGCAUAGUAUCCAGAGAAAGAAAACGUAUGGAAGAAAAACCCUACCAAUAUCCAGAACUCUGGAUUCUUUGACCGAGUUUGCACCAAAACCUAACACCCCUUCUUCAAGUUCUAGUGGUUACGGUUCUCAGGCUGUAUCUACCACAAAUUUGUCAAGCGACGACUCUGUUUCACUGAAGAGUAUCAGUGUGGAUGAAACACUGGAGUUUGAUAACAAAAUUAGCGAUCACCACAUUAUGGCUGAAGUUGAACGCAUCAACAGAGAGAGGUUUCCGCCUUGUGAAGAACGACCAUUGAGCGAAGAAAAUUCUGAUGGGACAUCCAACGGAUUGGACAGUGACACAAACCAAAAUCAAACGGAAAGUGACCUUAUUGACACAGGUUCCAUUAUCAAAACAAAUUUGUCCCCUGGCCGAGUAGUGAGAAGGAAAAAACAAUCUGCAAGGACCCACAGAGCAUCUUUUCCUCAGACUAGGAUGCAAUCAGACUCGAGGUCUACGAAUAAUCUUGGCAACAAAUUACUCAAUUUGUCUUUGAUGAAUGAUGAUGAAAGCUUGGACGGAUCCUCGGAUGUCAUGGAAGAUGAUCAUGACAACAGUUUUGGUUCCCGCCCCGAUCUCACAAAAAUUCAUGACGUUCCGGUCCCUGAUUGGGUCACCUUGGGUGAAAGUGUUCGCAUUCGGCCAUCCAAUGCCUCUGGAGUUGUUGCCUACAUUGGAGAAACGGACUUUGCAAGCGGCACCUGGAUCGGAGUUGAGCUAGACGCACCAAAAGGCAAGAAUGACGGCAGUGUAAAGAGUACCAGAUAUUUCACGUGCAAGCCAAAACAUGGUGUGUUUGUGAGAGCUGACAAGCUGAGUUUGGAUAGGAGAGGCAGAGCAAUGAGAUUAGAUAGAGCCGAAAGUCUUGCCAGCAGUAAUAAAUGUUCUUUAAGUAAAGAUGCGUUGCCACGUUCUAGAUCCCGAGGAAACGGCCUGAACAACGUGGGAACUCGCUUCAGCUCGAAAGCGAAGUAAAUUACGUGAACCUUUUUCACCGAAUCCACCCUAUUCAUUGCGAUUUUGCCGCGUGCGACUUGCGCAUGCGAGCCGUCCAUUUACAUGGCUUACUUUUUAUCCCUUUUCAACCCUUAUCCUUAUUCCGUCACAGGGUGAGCGCAAUCUGAACGCAACCCAACCGUACGACUUGUGAUAUUUGUAUGGAACAUAAUAACUACAAUUUUGAUCUUUGAAAGAUUUGUUUUGAUGCUUAGGGAUGACAUGAUAAGAGUUUACUUGAUCGAUUUUGUGAUAGUCGCAUGCUCGAUUCACUCAGCAUAUGACACUAAGUAUUAUCAGGGGAUUACUGCACACAGGCUUUUUCAAUAUUUUUUAUUGUGCGACUCACAACUCUAUUUGCUAUCAAAAUCUACAUUGCUGAACAUUGUACAGCAAUCCCUCAACUUUGUACAGCUCUGCAAAGUGAAGUUUCUCCGACUGGUCUCUCGACGAAUAAGAGAAAAAUAGUUACUGUGCCCAUGCUUAUAAUAAUAAAAAUAAUAAAGUAUCAUUCCAUAUAGAAGAUUCUUCAAAAUUUUGUUUCUAAGAUAAACCAACAAUUUCAGAAAACGCAUUCUUGCUUAAUAACCCGAAUGUAGAAGUAUCGGUGAUUUGUUUUAUAAAUAAUAUUUUUCAAAUGCUGUCUGUCAACUGUUUCUACAGAUGACCAAAAUUAUAAACUAUGGUUCAGUUCCAGUAGUAGCUUGAGCUUUCAUUUGAUCAUUAAUUGACUGAUGACUGAGUAUACCUGGUCAUAUACAGGGUGUCCCAGAAGUCGACGUCAAGCCGAAACCGGGUGAUAGGCAAAGUCAUAACAGCUAUCAGAAAAAUAUUUAAAAAAAUUUUAUGUAUGUGUUUUGAAAAUUAUAGGUUUUUGAAAAAAAUAUAGAAAUUUCACACCCUACGGCAGUCUGUCAACUCCUGUUACUACAAAUAUUAACUUUUUUUGGAUUUUAUUUUUACAAUGUAAUGAUGAAUAAUGCAUCUUCAAACUGGUGACUCAACCUUACUGCCAACUUUUCUCGUUCAGGAAAAAUUGCCACUUAUUUCCCAACCAAGUAUUCCAAAGUAAAACUUUGCUCAACUUUAACUGGCUGUACUGGAAAAAAAUGUACUACGAGAGUUUGGCAAGUAACCUUAAAAGUUGGCGCAUUUAAUAAAGAUUCCAAAAUGGUAUAACACUUAGAAGAUUACUCGUUAACUUAUGCACAAUUUUUAUUUGAAGAAAAACUGAUGAAAAUUUUCCAAAAUUUCCUAAUUAAACAGCGAUUAUGAAAACACACAAGGAUAACUGUUUGCACAACAGUGGGCGUCAAAAUCCUGCUGAUAAUGAUUUACCUUUACAUCAAAUGCUUUAAACUGUUUUCCUUCAGCCGCAAUACACGCUUGACAUCUUCUUAAAAAAGAUCGGGUUAUUAAACGAGCGAAUCCACGGUUAUUAACAAACUCAGCUGCUUCCAAUAGUCUUUGCCGUAGCUCAGCUACAUUUUGAAUCGGCUUGAAAUACACUUUUUCUUUUACAGUUCCCCAAUAAGAAAAAUCUAUUUAUGUACUAUUGAUACCCGGUUAACAAAGGAUCGAUGCCUACAAUACUAGUUACUCAAGUAAAAGCAUUGACGCUGUCUGAAAUAUCACAGUAUCGUUUGCAUCCCCAGUUCUAACCCUAUUUUAGCUUACCUGAUCAAACAUUUUCUGGAGGCUCCAUUAUGACUUGUUAUGAGUAUAAUCAUUGGCGAACAAAACUUCAUACUACAUAUUUGUAUUUGGUUCACUUAGGCCUGGGAGUCUAUUUGGUCAUAUGAAGUGGGUUGAGUAAACUUUUUUUAAUUGAACUUACGAUUCAGCAAUCUGCCUUUGAGGAGGCAAUAAGCAUGUUUUUUGACAUGCAGAAAUCACUCCAAUGAACAUUAUUUUGACGAUUUUAGUCCUACUAUUCAUUCAGUAGGCUGAUACCGUUUUAGCCUGCUUUCUGUUAUCAGACUCGCCAAUUAUUCGUACGAAGUCUCUAAAUGGAAUUUUCUGACAUUGUUUAACUGUUCCAUACAAAUUGAACAAUUCACUACAAUAUUGUUAAUACUUUGUAGUAUACCCCUUUCAGAUGCACUAUUAUUGAACGCAAGUACGUAAGCAUAAGUAGGCUCAAUGUCAUCACUUUCACACACAAGAUUGCCUUCAUGUUUUAAAAAUUACAAUGAGACGAAAAUAUUUUUUGAACGAAAAUAAUUUUUUACCCAAUAUCUCAUUGUAUUUUUAGAAGCCACAUUUUUACUAUAUCCAAUCUUCAUCGAUGCUCUUCACAUAUUCGUUAGUAGAGCAUCGUGUUUUAGAAACCUCUGAUGUUAUUAAUUUAUUAUUUAAAAUUUUCCAAUAACGCUUAUGCUGUUAGGCCACAGAACCACAACGUCUUUUUUAGAGCUAGGCGGUACAUGAUAUGGGCCAAGAUACUCUUAUAAGGAAAUAAUCAAACUUUAACUUCAACACUUGACAACCCCAAAAAUUGUGAUUUUCAACCUAGCUUUUUUUUAGAUUUUUUAGACUUUAAAUCAUUUAUAACUCGAAAAGUGUCAACUACAAAGAAAAGCUACUAUGGACCUUUUUUGUUCAUAAGAGGAAAAUAACAUUUUUUGUAAUUGUUUUAAAAUAACUCGUUUAAACAAAUUUGUACCGGGUUACCACCCGUGAUUUUCAGCAACAAAUCUAAUUGUGACGUUUUCAACCAUUUUUUGUUUUUAUUGAUAUUUAAAGUACGGAGGGGGCUUUUUGUUAUUUUUGUAACAGUAAGGUUCUGUGGCCUACGUAUGCUUCAUGCUUUAACGUAUUUUAAUUGUUGUUGAGUAUAUCAGUGAUCAAAAUAUUUCUGGGAAGCUGAACUAAUUGUGAGUUAUUGUAAUUGACGUUAAGGAAAAUGCACAAAAUACCAGUGAUAUGAAUGGUCAGGGAGAAAAAUUAUUGCCAGAAGUGGUAUUUCAACGAAAAAAUCUAUGCAAAAGAUUGUGUUAUUUUUAUAGCUGUUUUGUCUUUUGUCUUUGGUGUUUUGUGAUAUGACUCGCAAACAAUAAUUGAUCAGUGACUAACAACGGUGCAUUUUAUUUUAGCGUUAUUUUUCUACCCAUACUAAUGUAUAUUUUAAAGGUGUACUGCACUCUUGCACUAUUUUUAUGCAUUUAUAUUUGUUUGACAAACUCGUAGGCACACUUUUUCACAUCAUUGAGCGCUAUGCUUUUGAAGAAGAAUAUGUGUCAAACUUGAACAGGUGUGUGGGAUUUUGGAGAUAAUAUUCGUUCAAUAGUUUGUUCUUUUGUGAUAAUACUUUUUUUAUUAGUAUCUGAAUUAUUUCUAACCGAAGUUUCCAUUCCAAAUGUUCCAAGAUGGUACCCAAAUGCCAUCUGGGAAUUUUCAACUGACACUUUCAUGCUAAAAUACAGUACUCACGUAUCAUUUUUAUCAUUCCGAUUUUCAACUUGCUAACUUGACCAGUUUAAGAGAUAAGUGGGGAACCUUUUUGAAAACCAUUGUAUAGUUUUUGAAUUGAAGAUGGCAGUUUUCCUUUAUAAGGCUUCAUUUCCAAAACCUUCCCGUAGUAUUUCAAAUGCAUGAUAGUGAAGAAUUGUUUAAUGUAACAUCUACAACUUAUCCUGUUGUGUAGUGAGUUCGUUAUGAUUUUUUUUUUUGAUAUAACUGCACACCUGUGCUAUAGUUUCAUGUAAGUUAAAGUAUUUGUCAUUUCCACACUUUCAUCCACCAUUAAUUGUAACUAUGCCAUUGAAACUUUGUGUAUCGGUGUUGAAGCAAAUAAAGAUUGAAGCACUAUAUAUGUAUAUUGUUUAGAUUCAUUAUGAUAGUAUAGUAGCAUUUUCCGGGAAUUCCGAUUGCUGUUAUCAGAGCCGUUUAGAAUUUUCGGAAAAUGUUAUGCUUAUUUUUAUUUUUCUGUGAUAAGCAGUAGAAGCACUUUAGUUCUGGCCUGCAUGAAUUUCGUUUGCCUGAUGUUAAACUGAACAGAAUUACAUAGAUAGUUAUUAUAAUAGCGAUGUGUAGAUUAAAAACAAGUAUUCAAAUUAAUUCUGUGUGUUAGAAAAAAUAGUAUAUAAGCAUACAAAAUUAGGUAAAUAGGAUUUAAUUUUUAUUUGCUAUCUGAUUUGUCAAUACUGCAGUUGAUACAGCCAAUAAGUGUCGUCCGUGGCGUGAUGUUUUUUUACUAGGGUUGAUAAGAUAGGUGCCUUGCUAUCCACCAUUUUACGAGUAUUACUUGUACUUAGUGUUAUAAGACUAAAUGAGUAACAACAUAUUCUUGAGACUAUACUAACCAUAUGAACUGUGUGUAUGUGUGUAUACCCAUAUUCUUUCAAUGUUUCAUCAAUGCCAACCGGAUAAAUCUGCAUAUAGAUUCAAACUAUGUCAAAAUAGAGUUACUUGCUACAUAUCUUCCAAAAUGGAGCGUUCAGAACAAUCAAAACUCUCGGGUCACGCGCUAUCUACAAGGUGCUUCUUAAUAAGGGUCCAGUUCUAUGUGAAGUAUAGGACACGCAUUGAGAGACACUUUGUAUAUCUCAUGACCUCAUUCAAAGGUAAAAAGUACAGUGCAGUGCUUCUCCGUGUUCUUAGGUUGGCUAUAUUCGCUUGCUUUCCGAUAUAUCGCGAUCUUUAAAAAUAAUGCCAAGUAGCUUCACGCUACGCCUAACUUUUUCUAACAUAUUUAAAAUAUUCAAUAUCUGAGAUAUACAUAGGUUUCUUGACAGCUGUAUGCAGAUAUUCAUCCGCGAAAAUACACUUAAAUACAUAUCUAGAAUUUCAAUGAUUUGCGGUGUUGCAAUAAUUUUUAAUAUUGUCCGUAAGACUGUUGGAUAGAUUGAUACAUUCCGGAUGUGUCAAAAAUUUGGAGUUGGCUGCAUCAAGUUCAGUCGAGCAUUGUUAACAUUCCAGUUAUAAAAAAUGAUCAAAGCGAAUACUGAAUCAAAAUUCAGGUCUGCCGAAAAGGUACCUAAAAAACAAAAUCUGGUCAAGUAAAUUUGUAUUGAAGGGAAUUUGGUUCCAGAAACUACAACUUAGCUGAUUCAAACUGUGUUUGAAUUUUGAUUCAGUAUUCACUUUUCUCUAAAAAAUAUGAGAAAAAUCACAAUAAUCUAGUCUAUGGUUUAUUUAUUGCUCAGAAUUAAGGUUUAGUCGUCCAGUGACUGUCUCAGUCAAAAAAAUAAAAUACUAGACCUUUGACUUGUCCAAUUUGAAUUGUUCUGUCCAGAAAUAAUAGUGUAUUGUAUUGUAAAGCGUACCCUUAUAUUUACAGUGCUUAGCACAAUUGUGCGUAUUUUUGGUACGAUGGUGGCAGCACUUCAACCUUUACAUAAGUUGAUAGAUAUCACAAUCAUUUAGCACAAACAUUUAUCACUGAAAAUGUCGUGUUUUUAUGCAGCAAAAAGGUUGUAAACAAUAUUGGAAUGCAUACCUAGUGAACAUAGUAACGGCAUAAUGUCGGCAUUUUUAGGACACUACUGACGUACGCCGUCCAGCAAAAAUGACGUAGAAAUUACGUCAUUACGACGGUUUAAUGUCACACCCAAUUGACGUCAUAAUAUGUCGUAUAAAAGACCAAAUACAAAGUCGAUAUGACGUACAGUCGCACGCAAAAAUGACAAGCAGUGAGUUCAGGAGUGGUAGAAAGGCGCCGAAUCUCAUUUCUACUUUCCUACCACUCUUGAACCCUCUCGUUACUAGACGUCGUUAUCACCUCUGCAAUUUUUCAGGAGCAUUUGUACAUAGUGUAUCGAAGUGAUUGAUAAACAACUAAAAAACACCAUUUGAUGUCAAACGCGUUCCUCCGAUGGUUCAGAAUUUGUUUGUAGCAAUUUUUCAAAAUCGCUUUGCUUUUUCAAAGGAGGCCAAAACACAUCUUUUUUCGUGGAUCACCCAAGCCUUAUUGACUAUGUGGCAACACUAUCGUCCCUACUAAAUUGUAUCACAAUGCACGUUAAAGACGACGAAGCCAUAGUGAUGUCGGUCAAAAUGGCCGAAAUAUUGCCACGGCGAACACGCAUGGAGCUUGGGCAUGGGUUGAGCUCAGUGCCAAGUGAUAUAGUCCAAAAUUUGGAUUUUUACCACGAUUGUUUAUUGUUAUACAGAGGAGCUUCUAAUAAAUUUGUUGGCAAUUUGAUAUAUCUGAAUUAUUAUUAGAAAAGUCAUAUUAAGAUAUUUGUGGUCGAAAAAUUCCUGAUACUUUUCAUGAAUAACAAUAAAGUAGUUAUUAGUAUUUGGAUAUUUAGUUUAGUUUAGUUCAUUCAUUAAAAGUCUAUAUUUUCUUUGUAGGAAAGCAUUGGUUUUUCAGUACUGACUAUCUUAAAAAAGACGUUAAAAUGACGUCUUGCUGUCGACAUAAAAAUGGCGUCAAUAUAUACGUCAUUUUUUAGUCAAUGACGUUUCCGACUAAAAGAGAGCGAAUAAUGAUCUCAUUUUAGCGUCAUCAUGUUCACUGGGUACUUUGUUGAAUGGAAAAAUUGUACACUCAAAUGACCAAAUAAAUUCAAAGUACAUGCGUAAAAACUAGAAUUUUUUUAGAUCUAAUUUUUAGCAUAUUAGGUGUGGUAACAAAUUAGAAUCAAACUUGUACGUUACAUUUUUGAAUUUUUUUUUCUAUUGUGAAUUAGUAAAAUAUAAUUGGCAAGCGAUUAUGACGCUGCUAAGUACCUGCAAGGCGAGUUGGAGGAUGUGCAAUAUACAGGGUGUUUCCAAAAGAUAUAUAACUAUUCUCGGAGUGUGUUGAACCGUAGCACAUCGUACGCGACUGUUAAAGCGAUAUGUUUGUAUGUUGACACAUUGCGUUAACAGUGGCGUUCAAUGAGUCAUGCCGACUUGUUGAAUGUAUUUCAACUUGAUAACUUUUUGCAAAGAUUUUUAUCGCAAAAGCAAACGUUACCUGAUUUUCAAAGCCGAAGGCAUUAACAGACGUUAGGCUUCGAACGCUAACCUUUUGGCUGUAUAUUGGAAUGUAUUUGAGCUAAACUGCAUUACAUCAUUUUUUGAUGUCAUCGUACCAAAUUAUCAUUAUUAAUUUGUACAAACAUGCAUAAGUUAACAAUCAAACUAAUUGUCAUUUACAAACAAAAAACAUGGUAGUAUCACAUUUUAUUACACUUGUGACUGUAAAAUAACACUCUUUUGUAACAAAUACUUCACCAAUGACUACUGUUGUGUUAAAAAGAUACUUGCCCUACAAUAACUUUUUUAGUUUUAAGUUUAGUGAUUGUAUAAGCAAAAUGUUCAGAUAAAAGUCUCAAAACUUGUACAUUUAAUAUAUGUAAAUAAUGUCAUUCAAAAAAAAUCUUUUCGUCA